GCUAGCAGGAGGCGUCCAGAGCGGCUGUGUCAGUCGAAAGCAAACAUCUUCAUGAGGGAUUUUGUGUUUUUUGAGGGCUCAAGAAAAGUUAGCGACAUCCGUCCCGUCAUUUGGAAGAAAAAUGCCUGAGUUAUUGGCGUUUUAUCGGAUCUAGAUCAAUAUUCAUGGACUGAUGCGGCCAUGGCAAGUCUCGGUGUCAGCUUUAUCGAUACACGCCGGCAACACCUGAAGGAUAUAAAGUGAAAGAUAUAUUAUAAUUAAGUUGAUCUGAUCUCGGCAGACUCCAUCUGUGCGCAUGCGAGAUAACAGUUCUGCGCUCUGGUUAUGCUGAUGUCAACUGAUAUAGGCUGAGUAUCGUGUUCAAGAUAAUGCGAUUUUGUCUUUCCAUAGACAUUUUUCUGUGACACUAUCAUCGGCAAGUCUAAAACGGGUACUAAUUUGUACCAUUUGGUUUGUAACGUGUUUUUAAACGGCACAUUUGAUGGUUAAUAAACGGAUAUCUUCAUCUACAAUCAGCUGACCACCUCUGAAUUCACUGCAUUAGAAGAGAUAUCUUGGGAGUUUCCCUUCAUUUGCUUAAACAAAAGCAGACUUGGACCCCAGAUAUUUACUCUUGUGUUAAAGGAGCCUAUAAGGAUCGUGGUUAAAGAGUAACGGCAUCUUGGAGAUGUCAGGCCGGCCUAGGACCUCCUCAUUUGCGGAGAGCUGCAAGCCAGUGCUGCAGCCUUCAGCCUUUGGCAACAUGAAAGUCAGCAGAGAUAAAGAUGGCAGUAAAGUUACCACAGUGGCCGCGACCCCCGGUCAGGGACCCGACCGACCUCAGGAGGUCAGCUACACGGACACAAAGGUCAUCGGGAACGGCUCGUUUGGGGUCGUAUAUCAAGCGAAGCUGUGCAACACUGGUGAGCUGGUGGCCAUAAAGAAGGUGUUGCAGGAUAAAAGGUUUAAGAAUCGUGAGUUACAGAUCAUGAGGAAGUUGGAUCACUGUAACAUUGUCCGUCUGCGCUACUUCUUCUACUCCAGCGGAGACAAAAAGGAUGAGGUGUAUCUGAAUUUGGUGAUGGACUAUGUGCCUGAGAACGUGUACCGAGUGUCCAGACACUACAGCAGAGCCAAGCAGAAUCUGCCUAUGGUCUAUGUGAAGCUGUAUAUGUACCAGCUGUUCCGCAGCUUGGCGUACAUCCACUCAUAUGGGAUCUGCCAUCGAGAUAUCAAGCCACAGAACCUCUUGCUCGACCCAGAGACAGCUGUACUCAAACUCUGUGACUUUGGAAGUGCUAAGCAGCUGGCGCGUGGUGAGGCUAAUGUUUCCUACAUCUGCUCGCGCUACUACAGAGCCCCUGAGCUCAUUUUCGGAGCCACGGACUACACUUCCAGCAUAGACAUUUGGUCGGCUGGCUGUGUACUGGCCGAGCUGCUGCUUGGACAGCCGAUUUUUCCUGGUGACAGUGGCGUAGAUCAGCUUGUUGAAAUCAUCAAGGUGCUGGGAACUCCUACACGAGAGCAGAUCUGGGAGAUGAACCCAAAUUACACUGAAUUCAAGUUUCCACAGAUAAAGGCACACCCGUGGACUAAGGUUUUCCGGCCCCGGACCCCUCCGGAGGCGAUAGCUCUGUGUUCCCGAUUGUUGGAGUACACGCCUACGUCCCGAUUCACUCCUCUGGAGGCCUGUGCUCACACGUUCUUCGACGAGCUCCGUGAGCCCAACCUCAAGCUCCCGAAUGGAAGAGAGCGGCCUGUGCUGUUUAAUUUCACUACACAGGAGUUGUCCAGUAACCCCUCGCUGACCUCCGUACUCAUUCCUGCACAUGCUCAGAACCAGGCGGAAAACUCUUCCCAGUCUGCCUUGGCUGCAACAGGUGCUAACAGCGGCGAUCGUGGUCUGAACACCAACGCUGCCUCUGCUGCCCCUAAUUCUUCAACUUGAACCCCAUCCACCCCUCAAUGGGCCACUUUUACGCUGCUGCUUAUCAGCCACGCCCACUCUCUGGGGUUUAAGGGGCGUGGCUAAAACUAACCGAAAAGCUCAUGAUAUGAUGGAUGCACCAACCAAACCUUCCCCCAGUCAUUGUCUUUGGUUUUAUUAUUAUUUUUUAUUUAUUUAUUUGCUCUAACGGACGCAACGAGGGCUCAGAAACACCGCCUCAGAACUAUCUGCGGUGAUGUUUGACAAUUCUCUCUCUCUAUAUAUAUAUAUAUAUAUAUAUACACUUACAUAAACCUUUACACCUACAAAUAUGUUUUCACAUGUCUACUUUGACAUUUUUUAAAGGGAAAUCUGUAUGCUGUAGCCGCUGCUUCUUUUAUAAUCGUCUUGGCCCCUUUCCUGGUUAAUUAUGGGUAGAGACAGAGACUUUGAAUAUGAGCUGACACAGAUGGCGCAGGUGGGAUACAGGAAAGCUGGUUCCUGAUUGGUCCGAUACGACCAAAUCCUGAACCGGUUCAACGGCCCGGACUGAUUUCCAGGGCUUGUGUACAUUCUGUAGACUAUGUGAAAUAUAUGCUAAUGACUUUUGCCUUUUCCCUCAGUAUUAUGGGCGGAUAUGUUGUAUGCUUAAGCUGUAUGCUGCGGUGUACCUCUUUGUUUUCGACCACUUUUGAAGGAGUGACAUUAUCCAUUCGUUUCCUGCUCCGCUUCUUUCUUCCUGUUGUGUAAUACGUCACUGAACUCUACAGAUGUUGACACACGUGAUAUCGUGUCAUUUUUUGUGAUCGAGUGUGUGUGUGUGUGUUUGUGUGUGUGUGAGAGCGAGAGAGUGCAUGCUGUACAUCUUUGUCUAUAAAUAAAUACCGUAUGCUGAUUAGUGAGCUAAAAGAAACAAGCACGAAAUGAAGAAAAAAAGAUAAUCAGGACCUUAAAACGGAACAUGUGAACAGGUUUCUGCACCGCAAAUUCCAGCCUUAAAGGGGUCCUAUUAUGCUCUUUUACAAAUUCUUGAUUUUGUUUUGUGGGUG